CAACUCAUCUCCAUUCAUCAUCUUCAAAGUUCGAAACCAUAAAUCUCUUCUUUCCUUUUCUUUUGUUCCCAAAAUGCCCCUAAACUCUCCCUCCAAUUACAACUCCCUUCCCACCUCCAGCUCCGCCUCCGCCGGAAAAUCCUCACUCCCACCACCCCGGCUUCCUCCGGCACCACCGCCACAAACCCUUUUCACCCGUGCCAGAGCCCAGAUCGCCACAUUUCGCCCAUGGAAAGAGCUCCUAGACCUUUCCUCCUUCUCCCUCCCUUACAGCUACGCCGAGAUAAUGUCGCGGGUCCGGCGAAAUCUCAACUAUUUUCGGGUGAAUUACGCCUUGGUAAUGCUAUUUAUUCUCUUCUGCAGCCUAAUUUACCACCCCUUUUCGAUGAUAAUCUUCUUGGCCAUUUUCGUUGCUUGGUUAUUCUUGUACUUCUUUCGGGACGAUCCAGUUAUGGUGUUUGGAAGAGUUGUCGAUGAUCGCAUUGUCAUGAUUAUAUUGAGCUUGGUUACUGUUUUUGCUCUUGUUUUUACCCAUGUUGGAUUGAAUGUGUUGGUUGCUUUGAUUGUUGGAGUUGUGAUUGUGGGCUUACAUGCCACUUUUAGGGGCGUUGAGGACUUGUUUUUGGAUGAAAACGAGGCAGCCGAAGGUGGGUUGCUUUCGGUUGUUGCAGGGGAGCAAAGGCCAUUGCGGCAGAAUUAUUAUUAGUUUUGAUGGGAAUGGGCAAGUUUUGGAUGAGUAUUUUGGGAAUACAGACUAAGUUCUUCCGCGAAUUUGUACGAUUGUAAAGUGGAAUCAGCGCGGGAAUAGCUUUCCGAGGAAUUUCGUUUUUUGCGGUUUGAUAGAGCGAAGGAGGCUCUGGUCGAAAGUUAUUGAAGAUUUGUCAUUUGGCUUUUUUAUUUGGAAGUUGCAAUAUGGAGGAGCUAAAUUAUAGUGGGUGUUCAAAACUUCGUGUUAACAAGAGAGCAAGGUGAAUUUUCAUGAGCUUUGUCGGAUCUCAGAGAAUGCGUUUUUUAUUUUAUCUUUAGUUCUUGAGUGUGCUUACAGCUUUCUUAUUUUGCUGUUGGUUAAGUGGGAGGUAGCCAUGUAUCUUUUUUGUUACUUGGAGCUUCAUGGAUUGGAAUUUGACAUACGGGAGAAAUGCUUGUUUUCUUUUGUUCUUUCAUGUGUCUGUGGCCCUUUUCUAAUGGCACGGUUUCUUAUAGUAGAAAUUUAGGUGGCUUCACCUCAGGUAUUGUUCUGAAGUAAUGCUCACAAACAUGAAGUUUGCUAGUGUGACGUACAAAAGCAUAUGGGAGUUUGCAUCAUUUUGUGAUUUGAU